GGCGUUGCUGUUGGUGAGCGGGCGGAGGAAGAUGGCGGCUCCUGCUGCGGGUGAGUACUUCAGCAUCGGCAGCAGCGUCUCUUGCCUCACCUGCCUGGGCCAGCGGCUCCAGGGGGAGGUGGUGGCCUUCGACUACCACACCAAGAUGCUGACCCUGAAAUGCGCCCCAUCCAGUGGCAAGCCCAACGUUAGCGACGUGGUCCUCAUCAAUUUAGCUUAUGUGUCCGAUGUGGACAUUAUCAACGACCGCACUGGGACUCCUCCCCCAUUAGCAUCUCUUAAUUUUAACAAGCUUGCGAAUAGAGCUCGGGCAGAAAAAGAAGAAAAGUUGUCUCAAGCUUAUGCAAUUAGCGCUGGAGUCUCAGUGGAGGGCCAGCAGCUGUUCCAGACAAUUCAUAAAACCAUUAAAGACUGCAAGUGGCAGGAGAAGAACAUCGUGGUGAUGGAUGAUGUCAUCAUCACUCCACCGUACAGAGUGGAUAACUGCAGAGGCAAAGAGGGGAGUGCUGUAGCUCACGUACGCAAAAUAGUUGAGAAACACUUCCGCGACGUGGAGAGCCAAAAGUCGGUGCAGCGGUCACAAGCACAGCAAACACAGAAGGACUCUGCAUUGUCUGCAUGAGCGCCCCCUCUUACGCAGAGCGCUCUGCUGGCACCGCAAGUUUUCGGGUUUCCUUUUAUAUUGGAUUUUUUUUUAUUUUCGGUUCUCUGCCCCACAGAGGCUGAGCUAGCUGUGAUCUGCGUCGCCAGCAGGGGGCGUCCUAGACGUGCGGAGAAAAAUACAAAACGAGUGUUAGUGAGCAAGGGCAUAAUAGGAGACCCUGAAUUCUUAUUCUUAUUAUUUUUAUUCCCACCCCAGAAGAUUUAUUUGUUUGUCUGAACUUCUUGAUAAAAAUUCCCACCCCCUCAUCCCACCACCAUCAUCUCUCUUCCUCAUCGUCUCUGAUGAGUGCUAACCAACCCACUCACAUUCCAUACUAUCCAGAAAAUAUCUACAUAACGUGUUUUUCUUCUUUUUUUUUUCUUUCUUUUUGUUCCCCUCCACAGUGAAACAGUGUGACUUGAAAGGAACUGGAGGAACAGCAGCUUUUUUUUUUUUUUUUUUUUUUACAUUCAAAAAGGUUCUAACUGGAUUCCUAUAGGUCAGUCUUGGAAGAGAGAAAGGUUUAUUUUUCUAACAGUCGACUAAAAUGAGGAAUUAAGAGGCGUGUUUGUGUGCAUGUGAGAGAGGGGGCGAGAGAGAGACGGUUCAGGAGCAGGUGGUGAAGAUGCACUUUGCAGGAGAUGACCCUUGAUCAAAGUCCUUCUCCGUGGCCUAACAUCAGGUGCUGGACACAGGUCUGUCCUGUAUACAAUAUAAGAUAUCUCUGUAUCAGGUUUCUCAGGCAUUGUUAACAUCACAUCACAGUUAUGUUUCUCCUUUGUUACAUCUACCAGCUGUAUUCAUAGUUUAGUUUUAAAGCCUGUUUUAUUUGACUCCCGAUUAUCUGUUUAGAUACUCGAUCAGAUCUCAGCAUGUCCUCAACACGUCAUACUGCAGGCUCGCUUUUUGGAGUUGUCUGGAAAGGAGCUAGGAAACAUUAAUCUUGGCCACACAAUUAGAAAUAAUAAUAAUAAUGAUGAUAAAAGGAGCUCCAAAAGGUUAUUUGAUGUCAUCCCAUAGAAGAACCAGUUAAGCCAUGUAUGUAAUAGAUAAAGGUUUAAAAAAAAUCAAAUGCAGUAUUUUUCUCUCUCAUCUAUAUUACAGACAUGCUUCAUUUUGUAAUCUAAGACAUUGUUUACACCUGUGUGACUUGAGUAUCAGGAUUUUAUCUGAAUAAAACCAAAUCGUAAUAAAAACUCACCCAUACAAAUCUGAUUACUGACACAUCUGGGUUGUAUUUUACAGCAGUGUGAACACCUCUGUCUUUCUAAGGCUGUGUGUGUUUAGGCUUCAAAACCACAAAUCAGAUUUGCUUCUCACUUCAGAUCUGUUAAGAUGACUGCCCACACAGUUAUUUGAGUUCAGGAAGCCUUAAUGUAUCUGUGUGCACUUUGAAAUUAGAUUUGAGCAUCCUAACUGAGAUGCAUUUGUACAAAUCCUAAUUUAAAUUAAAUUUUAAUUUGCUGAAAUCUGAUUGUAUGUGGUUUCUGGCUGUCCAGAUUAUCCAAAACUGGAUUCCAUCUAGCUAUGCCAAAAAUCAGAUUUAAGUUUAGCAGUCUCAACACAAGCCACAAGUGUCUUGUCUUGUGUAUCUUUUGAGUUAGUUAAUCAUAGACGACUACAGUGUAAAAAAAAAAAAAAAAAACCAUUAUGGCAGCAACUGGCAGAAAUGUUUUUUUGCAUAGCAAGCAAACUUGCAGUUUUUGUUCCACACAGCAAUCGAAUUUCAGUCUAAUAAUCGGAGACACCAAGGGUUGGUUUCUUGGACCGGGAUUAAGCCUAGUCCUAGAUUAUUUUUUAAUUUCAAUGAGAAAUCUCUACAAUGAGAAAUCUGUCUAAUCCAAGAUCAGUCCUUAAUUCCUGUUUGGGGAAACUGUACCUAAAUGUAACUUCCAAGUUUAAAUGCAUGUUUCUUUAGUUUAGAUACUCAGAUUCACAAUAAGUGUAAACAGGACUGAAAAGCUUCUUCUUAGGCACAACUCAAAGAACCCUUUGGAACACCUUUUGUUUAUAAGCAUAUAUAAAUAUCUCUCUUAAACCCUGUGAGUUCCUUUUCCACCAUAACCAGACCUUUUUUUUUCUUUCUUUCUUUUUUUUUGUUACAGCACCUCAUACUGUGAACCGUUCAUGUUUUUGUUCUUGCUUUAUAUCGCUUCCCUCACUCAGUGCAUUCCGACAGACUUCAGUGAUCGCAGCUUUUAAUGGUUUUCAGUUUUGGGGCUGUUCAUAUCUCGCCUGCUCAGUUCUCACAGUGAGACCAAUUUUUUAUUGUUUUUUUUUUUCUUUUCUUUUCUCCCCAUUUUUUUUUUUUUUUUUUUUUUACCAAAAUAAGAAAAUGUGUUGGGAGAUGUGUUCUGUUCAUCUUGCCAUGUCGGAGACUGAGAUGGGGGGGGGGGGGAGGUGCAGGGCAAGGGGUCUUAAUGCGGGCUCCUCCCUCUCCCAGCCUCGUGGAAACUCGUAGCCUGAUUGAGGCUCUGCCAGCGGCGCCAAGCUGUGACGGCCGUUGGCGUUACAUAGCAGUUCCCAUUGCCCUGUGUUAACAAAGUCGCCGUUGCUUAGGACUCUUUUUAUUUUUUCCCAGUAUUUUAUUUUUUAUUUUUAAAUAGUUAACAUGGAAAUAAAUAAAUAAUGACAAAAAUA